UCUGCGGCUCCACCUCCAUUCCGAUCUCAGCUGUAGCAACGGUCGCCGGACGAGGAGUGCCUCGGGAGUAGUUGGCCAAGAUGCCGAAUAUCAAAAUCUUCAGCGGCAGCUCGCACCAGGACUUAUCCCAGAAAAUUGCCGACCGCCUGGGCCUGGAGGUGGGCAAGGUGGUGACUAAGAAAUUCAGCAACCAGGAGACCUGCGUGGAAAUUGGCGAGAGUGUGCGUGGGGAGGAUGUCUACAUUGUUCAGAGCGGUUGUGGUGAAAUCAACGACAGUCUGAUGGAGCUUUUGAUCAUGAUUAAUGCCUGCAAGAUUGCUUCAGCCAGCCGGGUGACUGCAGUCAUCCCGUGCUUUCCAUACGCCCGACAGGAUAAGAAGGACAAAAGCCGGGCCCCGAUCUCCGCCAAGCUCGUUGCCAAUAUGCUGUCGAUAGCAGGCGCAGAUCAUAUCAUGACCAUGGACCUGCAUGCAUCUCAAAUUCAGGGCUUUUUUGACAUCCCCGUAGACAAUUUGUAUGCAGAGCCAGCUGUCCUGAAAUGGAUAAGGGAGAAUAUCUCUGAGUGGAGGAACUGCACUAUUGUCUCUCCCGACGCUGGUGGAGCUAAGAGAGUGACCUCCAUUGCAGACCAGUUGAAUGUGGACUUUGCCUUGAUUCACAAAGAACGGAAGAAGGCCAACGAAGUGGACCGCAUGGUGCUGGUAGGAGAUGUGAAGGAUCGCGUGGCUAUCCUUGUAGAUGACAUGGCAGACACUUGUGGUACAAUCUGCCUCGCAGCUGACAAACUUCUCUCAGCCGGAGCCACGAGAGUGUAUGCAUUCUUGACUCAUGGGAUCUUCUCUGGCCCAGCCAUUUCUCGCAUCAACAGUGCUUGCUUUGAAGCGGUAGUAGUCACCAAUACCAUACCUCAAGAGGAUAAGAUGAAGCAUUGCUCCAAAAUUCGGGUAAUCGACAUCUCCAUGAUCCUCGCAGAAGCCAUAAGGAGAACUCACAAUGGGGAAUCUGUUUCUUACCUGUUCAGCCAUGUUCCUUUAUGACAGAAUGACUUCUAGGUUAUUCUAUUUUAAAAAUAAAAGUAGAUAAG